UAUUUGGGUUGUGUUGAAGUGUUUGAGUCUCGUGGUAUGCAGGUGUGUGAAGAAGCGGUGAAAACACUCAAAGAUAAAUGUAAAGGAAAGUACCAGCGAGCAAUUCUCUAUGUAUCUGGUGACGCUCUGAGGGUUGUUGAUGAAAUCAGCAAGAGUAUGAUAGUUGAUCAGACCAUAGAGAAGGUCUCUUUUUGUGCCCCGGACAGAAAUCAUGAGAAAGGGUUUGCUUAUAUAUGUAGGGACGGUACAACAAGACGGUGGAUGUGCCACGGCUUUCUUGCAGUCAAAGAAUCGAGAUUAUGGAGAAAGCAAAAGAUUAAGGGUGAAAGGUUAAGCCAUGCAGUUGGUUGUGCGUUUGCGAUAUGUUUGGAACGGAAGCAGAAACGUGACAAAGAGUCCACGACAAGUGUGACGGUGACGUACAGCCAGGACCGAUCAACAUUUGAGAGAAUGGGGUCAUUUAGACAGACAUCAAUGACUGAACGUCUCACCGACCCACAAAGUGCAAUAUUGGCGGAACCAGUACCAGUGAAGAAGGUAGACAAUCCGUUUGCGGUGCAGCGUCCACAUGCUAGCCAGAAUCUGUUGGUAAGACAAGGCUCGUUCCGUGGCUUCUCAAAGCUGCAGGAAGCGUCCUCUCCAUUCAAAAGAACCUUGUCACUGAGGUUAAAUGAGCUGCCUUCCACAUUACAGAGACAAAAUGCAAUGGAAAUAUCUCCUCCUAAAUCAGCAGGUCUGAACAAUAAUGGAGUGAUUCAUGAGGUGCCUUCACCUGAGAAUGAAGAUUCUAUCUCACAGAUGUGUCAGCAACUUACCCAGGGCUUAUCAGCCCUUACGGAAGACCCUUUUGCCUCAGCCCCAGUUCAGGGCGCACAAAAUGCUUACCUAGUGAAACAACAUUCAAUGCCAGCAACAUUCCAUACAACUCAACCAGUUAUCAAUCAUCCUGCGCCUCCAUUGCACCAGACCAAUCCAUGGGGGUCUCCAAGUCAUACAGGAACCACUGCAGCUAAUAUAGAGAUGAUCCCUGGCCGGGCAUCACCUUCAACUAAUCCGUUUGUAAACACGGCAAGUUCGUCACCGGCUAGCAGCGUAACAUCUGGAUCUACUAUAACGACGACACGACCAUUGUUGCACGAACACAACAGAAGUCAUUCCAUGGACUCUAGUAACGUUGCCAUUUGGCAGCAACAACAACAACAAAAUACAAAAAAGCAUACUUUGCUUGAAAUGGCACAUCACCAAAGUUUUCAGUUAAACGGUAAUGCCACUACUGGAGAAAAUAUAUGGCCAACUGACUCUGACUGGGCGUCUAAGUAUCAACAGACUGCUACCAGUAAUUCAUCAACACAGAACCAAUCUAAAACCACUGCGAAAAGUGAGGACACUUUUGACCCGUUUGAUGUCGCUUGGGCGGCAAAAAAUUCAGGCCAAGAGCAGAUAGCUCAGACCAAAAACAGUGCCAGUAGUAAUCCCUUCACAACGAAGACAGUGACAACAUACAAAGUGGAGUUGUGAUUCAAUUUCUUAAUAUAUAAAGGAAGGGAUAUAAUGUUAUAUAAAAAAAAGAGGAGGAAAAAAAAGAGACUUUAUGCGUUUAUAAUUAAAAUGUAAGAAAGUUUGUGUUGUUUUCCAGUUUUCGGAUAAAAGCAUAAGCUGGAUGGCUUUAUUUUCGACUUGUAUGUACAGGUAUAGCUUAGAUAGAAAUUAAGUAUUUAUUUAGCAUAAAUUAAUGAUGCAUUGUGCAUCUUGAUACAGGAUCAGUACUGGGAUAGAUUAUGGAGUUUCAUAAAUUCAUUAUACAUUGUAGUAUUUUUAUGGAACAGUUUAAGUCAGACUCAUUUUUUUAUAAGCAUAUUUUUAAAAAUCAUGUUUUAGAAGAGUACUUCAUAACAAAUUUUAUUUCUUA